AUGAAGCUUUCCCUAAAACUUCAAGAUCAAAAUAACCCAAAACUCCAAAACCCAACCCCUGUUUUCCUCCGAGCAAAAGUACCCAUCUCCAUCUUCGGUCUCCCUUUCCUUUCUUCAAUCGCCGCCACAGACAACUCCGAUGUCUCCCUUUCCCUUUCAACAAACUUCUCAUCCGGCCCAUCUCUCAAAUUAUCCUAUACCCCCACUACCCCAUCAGGAAUCGCCGCCGCAACAACCACCUCAUCUCCACCCCCGUUGAACGUCACGCUCAAAUCCGGCGUCGGUAUCUUUGGAUCACCUCGCGAUUCCCCUCUCAUCCUCUCCGCUCAAUUCAGUGUCAACCCAUCAAACCCAAACCCUAACCCUACUUUCUUCCUCCAAAUCAAACCUCAAUUUGGUAACUUCUCCCUUCGCAAGACAUCUCAUUCAACUUCAGACCCACCAAAAAAGAAAGUAGACAAUUCGUUUGGAUUUGUUCCGUUGGAGAGACCAUCUCCUUGGAAUGAAUUGGCUAUGGAAUAUCCUUACAAGGAGUGUCUUUUAUCAGGUAUAGCCGUUACAGCCAGGACAGAACUUCCUGUAACGAAGCGGCUAUCCAUGUCAUUCAGAUGGGGUGUCAAUUUUCCAGAUGAUGUUAAGAAACAAUUGCCUUUCUUGACUGUGAAGAAGGUCUGUUUACAGAGGAUUGAUAUAGAUCAGACUAAGGAAAUCAAGAUGAAACCUAAUGAAGAGAAAACUAGUGAUGAUAUUCCAUUGUUGAAAGAGUUGUUUCUGUCAACGAAAAGGGAAUUGGAAAUCCUGCAGAGUUAUAACAGAGAGAUGAUGUGGGUUUUGGAGGAAAUGAAAACAGGAUCAUCACAAAAUCAAACUGUGGCGGCAGCAAUGAAGGGGAAUCAUCGGAUAAAAAGUUCAAUUCCGUUGAGAGAAAAGGGUGGUUGUGUGGAUUUGAACUCAGGGAAGAAGGAGGAUAUCAAGAAGAAGAACAUAGACAGACAGAGUGAUGUAGAAAGUGAGUUGCAGAAAGCUAUAAAGGCUUCUUCCUCUUAA